AGCAGGACCCUACCUGGGUGCGUUUCUCAUGGGUCACCUCCCGGCUCUGUUUUCUCCCGCAGGGACCCGCCUGGGGCUCCAAGGACAAUUGCUUCACCAAGAUGUACACCACCAGUGGGGAGUGCUGCAAAGCCUGCAACCUGGGCGAGGGGGUGGUGCAGCCCUGCGGGGUCAACCAGACCGUCUGUGAGCCCUGCCUGGACAGCGUCACCUACUCGGACACGGUGAGCGCCACGGAGGCCUGCAAGCCCUGCACGCAGUGUGUGGGGCUGCAGAGCAUGUCUGCACCCUGCGUGGAGUCGGACGAUGCCGUGUGCCGCUGCGCCUAUGGCUACUACCAGGACGAGGAGAGCGGGACCUGCAAGGAGUGCCGGGUGUGCGAGGAGGGCUUCGGCCUCAUGUUCCCCUGCCAGGACUCGCAGGACACGGUCUGCGAGGAGUGCCCCGAGGGCACCUUCUCCAACGAAGUCAACUUCGUGGACCCCUGCCUGCCCUGCACCACCUGUGAGGAUAAUGAGGUGCUGGUGAAGGAGUGCACAUCCAUCUCAGAUGCCGAAUGCAGAGACCUCCACCCGCGCUGGACAACACACACGCCAUCCCUGGUGGGCUCUGACAGCCCCGAACCCAUCACCAGGGACCCCUUCAACACCGAGGUGAUGCCCAGCACCAUGGCAGACACUGUCACCACCGUCAUGGGCAGCUCGCAGCCCGUGGUGAGCCGCGGCACCGCCGACAACCUCAUCCCCGUCUACUGCUCCAUCCUGGCGGCCGUAGUGGUGGGGCUGGUGGCCUACAUCGCUUUCAAAAGAUGGAACAACUGCAAACAGAACAAGCAAGGGGCCAACAACCGCCCGGUGAACCAGACGCCUUCGCCGGAGGGGGAGAAGCUGCACAGCGACAGCGGCAUCUCGGAUGGGCAAGGGCACCCUAGGGGUGGGUUUAACCCCAUUUCAUCCUUCCCAGUGCCCAAGGGAGACGGGAACCUGUAUGCCAACCUGCCACCCAGCAAGCAGGAGGAGGUGGAGAAGCUGCUGGGCAGCUCGGCCGAGGAGACGUGGAGGCAACUGGCCGGGGAGUUGGGCUACAAAGAGGACCUCAUAGACUCCUUCACCCAGGAGGAAUCGCCUGCCCGGGCUCUCCUGGCCGACUGGUCCUCCAAGGAGACGGCCACCCUCGACGCCCUGCUCGCUGCCCUGCGCAAGAUCCAGCGCGGGGACAUCGCCGAGAGCUUGUACAGCGACUCCACCGCCACCUCCCCCGUCUGA